AUGUCUUUCGAUCCGAUAUGGUAUGUCCCUCCCGUACGAAGGGCUAACUUUGGUGGCCGUGCAGAAGAGCUGGCAGAACUCGAGCAGAAAUUAUUCGAGCCUGACGGCCGUCGGACGGUACCUAUCCUGGGACUAGGAGGGGUGGGUAAGAGUCGACUGGCGUUGGAACUCGCCUACCAAGUGAAAUCAAACCACCCAGAGCAUUCGAUCUUCUGGAUACAAGCCUCAGACGAGUGGAGUUUCGCAAGAGACUGGCUCAAAAUUGGACAGAAGCUCGGGAUUCCGGGGUUUGGGGACGAUGAAGCCGAUGUCAAGCCACUAGUCCAGCAACGACUUAACAACUCUGAAGACAAAUGGCUGUUGAUUCUCGACAAUGCUGACGACGAGUGGCUAUGGGGAAGAGGCUUACCACAAGAGCUGUUACUCGCGGGCUCAGGCGUCUGGCCGAGAACGCCAAACAGGCCACUCGUAAGCUUCUUGCCGAGAACGAUGAACGGCUCCGUCCUUGUCACGACCCGUUCGCGACAAGUAGCCACUUUCAUCGCUGAGGAAGAAGUUGUCGAAUUGCGCGCCCCUCCACAAGACGAAGCUAUUGACAUAUUUAUUAAGCGGCUCGAUCGUCUGGAUGCGGCACUCGACCAGAAAACCCUUGUUUCCUUACUUAUCAAGCUGGCUUUCCUUCCACUUGCAAUUGUCCAGGCUGCUUCUUUUAUCAAUAUGGUCCCUCACAUGACGGUGCAGACCUAUAUGAAGCUACUGGACGCACAUGAUACAGACGUUGUUGACCUUCUCAGCGAGGACUUUGGAGACUCGUCCCGCUAUCCCGAUCACAUUAAUCCAAUUGCUACUACCCGGCUGGUCUCCUUUGACCAUAUCCGAACCCACCACACUUUGGCGGCAGACCUCCUCUCAUCUAUGGCGUGCGUUCACGAGAUGGGCAUUCCACUCUCUCUGUUUACAGAUGAUGGGACGAAGCUCGAGGCUAUCAAGGCUGUUGGUGUUUUGAUGGGAUAUUCAUUCGUGACGAAGCAAACAGAAACCAUUUCAAAUAAAGGGGAACUAUACGAUGUGCAUCGACUCGUACUGCUUGCCGCCCGGAACUGGCUGAAGAUGGAAGGGACACUUUCUGAUCGGAUAACGGCCUGCACUAUUCGGCUUGCAGAUAUUUUCCCCCAACGUUGCUAUAAGAACAAGGGUAUCUGGACGAUAUACAUGCCACACGCACACUGUUUUUACCGUCCCUAUGACGGGAAAGAACUUCCGGAGCGGUAUAAACUACUUGAGAAAACGGGACAAUGUUUUCUAGCUGAUGGGAAGUACGACCUAGCUAUAAGAACACAUAUAUCGGUGGUGAACUACAGAGAGCAAACGCUAGGACCCUUGAAUCAAGAAACAUAUUCAGCCUACGACAGUCUCGGUGAGGCACUCUACCGGAAGGGACGCUGGAGAGCGGCAGAAGAUUUUUCUCAAAAGGCUUUCUAUGGCAAUAAGGAAGUGCUGGGUGCAGAGCAUCCCGACACGAUGACCAGCAUGACUAGACUAGGCUCGACGUAUCGGAGUCAAGGUCGCUUAACCCAGGCGGAAGAGCUGGAGGUGCAAGUGGUAGAGACAAGGAAGAGGGUGCUAGGGCCAGAGCAUCCCGAUACACUGACCAGUAUGGCUAACCUGGCCUCGACGUAUCGGAGUCAAGGUCGUUUGACCCAGGCGGAAGAGCUACUUAUACAAGUGGUGGAUACGUGGAAGAGGGUGCUGAGUAUAGAGCAUCCCGACACGCUGAUCAGCAUGGAACACCUAGCCUUGAUGUACUACAAUCAAGGCCGCUGGACCCAGACGGAAGAGCUGGUAGUGCAAGUGACGGAGACGAGGAAGAGGGUGCUAGGAGCAGAGCAUUCCGACACGCUGACCAGCAUGGCCAACCUAGCCAGCACAUAUAAGGCACAGGGUCGUGACGACGAAGCCAUGGCUUUGAUGACUUUCUGCGUGGAGCUCCGCUCCAAGGUUCUUGGCACUGCACAUCCCGAUACUCAAGCAGCGGUGAAUCUCCUCCAAACGUGGCGGGCUGUUGAGGAAAUUGUGAACUAG